AUGGUUGAGGCUGAAGAUGGCGCCACGGCAACAGAGCCCUCGAGAGGGGGCAGCGGGAAGGGCUUGCGCUCCGCACGCAUGCGCUGUGGCCGCCGUGCGCGUGAACCGCCAACCGCCCCAAUUCGAAUUCGCAUCCUCGUCGUCCAAUCGCGGGUCGCGGGGCGGGAACGGCCCCACCUCCCGUCAUCCUUCCGACCAAUCAGACGGCGCGCCGUGUUUAAAAAGAAGUGCGCGCGGCCGGUAGGCGUCGCUCAGCGGAUUUCGGUCCGCGGCGGAGGGGCGGAGCUGUGGCCGCCCCGCGGAGUGUCCAUCUCUGAUGAGGGCCGUGCAGAAGUGAAUGGAUUAAAGGCAUCUCAUUUCUUCAGUCUGGCAGAGCGGCUGAAUGUGUGUGCAGCCCCAUUCAUCUGGCUCUUUAUUCGUCCUCCCUGGUCCUUGACUGGAAGUUGUUGUAAAGCUGUGGUCUAUGAGAGUCUUAAAGCAGAAUGUCAAUUGGAUAAAGCUCAGAAAGGAUCUAUUCUGUACUGCUUGGCUAAGGUCUUGAGUCUCUUUGAGGAUGAAGAAAAAAGAAGAGAGUCUCUUGAAAUGUUUGAGGAGUCUUCGAAGCAGGGUUGUUUAAAUAGCUCCUACCUCCUUUGGGAAAAUAACAGGAAGGUUGCUAUGUUAGACCCUGGUAGAUACCUCCAAAGUCUCAGGAAGCUACGGGACUAUGCAGCAAAGGGAUGCUGGGAUGCACAGAUAGCUUUAGCCAAAGCUUGUGGAAAUGGAAACCAACUAGGAUUAGAAGCAAAAUCUUCCAGUGAAAUGGUGGCUCAGCUGUUUCAAGCCUCUCGUCCUAUCAGCAAGCAAAAUAUCUUCACUGUGCAGAAAAAAAUAAAUGAAACAAUGAGGUACAUCCUGGUUGACUGGCUGGUGGAAGUGGCUACCAUGAAAGACUUCUCUUGCCUAUGCCUUCACAUGACAGUGGGGUGUGUGGACCGUUACUUGAAGCUGAGACCUGUGCCCCGGUAUCAACUCCAGCUCCUGGGAAUAGCCUGCAUGGUCAUUUGCACACGUUUUAUCAGCAAAGAGAUCUUGACAAUACGGGAGGCUGUGUGGCUAACGGACAACACGUACAAAUAUGAAGACCUCGUCAGAAUGAUGGGUGAGAUCAUCUCUGCCCUAGAAGGAAAGAUAAGGAUACCUACCAUCGUGGACUACAAAGAAGUACUGUCAAACAUAGUCUCACUGGAGAGAAGAACUCUUCACCUUUACAGCUUCAUUUGUGAGCUGUCUCUCCUAAACACGAGCCUUUUCGUGUACUCCCCAGCUCGGCUGGCUGCUGCAGCACUGCUGCUGGCUAAGAUGCUGCAUGGCCACGCACAUCCCUGGACCAGCCAGCUGUCUGAGUGCACUGGGUUCUCUCUUGAAGACCUGUUGCCGUGUGUGCUGCGCCUUCACCAAAAAUGUUUCCAUGAUGAGGUCCCUAAGGAUUACAGGCAGGUGUCUUUAACCGCAGUGAGACAGAGAUUUGAAGAUGAUCGUUAUGAUGAAGUAGGCAAAGAAAAGGUGAUGAGCUACAGCCAGCUCUGUUCACUGCUGGGUGUGAAGCAGGAGGACGUGAAACCCAGUCCCCUGCACACAAAUGUCAUAGAAAUUAAAGCUUUCUUUAGCUCUCCCUCUGGAAAGAGAUCUAAAAGGAGGAGGGAAGACAGCACUCAGGAUGACAGGGGCAGCUUAGUGACUACACCUACAGCUGAGCUAUCCACCCAGGAAGAAAGUCUUCUGGACAGCUUCCUGGACUGGAGUUUAGAUUCCUGCUCUGGUUAUGAAGGUGAUCAGGAAAGCGAAGGCGAGAAAGAUGGAGAUGUCACAAGUCCCAGUGGGAUCUUGGAUGUGACAGUAGUUUACAUGGAUCCAGCAGAGCACUGCUGUCAGGACUCCAGUGAUGAGGACAGCCUAUCUGUAGAGUGUCCUGGGCACACAGCACCACCGAGGAAGGCCAGGACACCAGAUGAAACUCACAGAGUUUCAGCCUGUGUUGCCUCAAAUCCCAGCUGGGAAGGGAGCUCCGGCUACUCUUCUGUCAGUGGUGCCAGUCCUACAUCUUCUGUGGAAAGCAGCUGCGGAAUACCUCUCAAACCUACCUCAGCACUGUCUGGUGGCAGUGCCAUGAACAAGGAGCCAUGCCUUCCUCCCUACCUGGAAUCACGUUUACAACCAGUGCGUGCUAGAGCUGGUGAUAGGAAUUCUGCCCGAAGACAAGUCAAGCGCAAAAACCUGGCAGAACACAGUGAAGAAAGGGUGAAUUUGGGCUUCUUAAGCCUCUGAUUUCAUGCUUCUCUAGGUUUUCUGGAAACAGCAUUUCUGUCAUAGCUGUACAGGAAUGAUAGUGAAUAAUUGUCAAUACCUCCAGAAAGAGCCCUUUCCCUUAACUUUGCCUAUUCCUACCACAUUCUAUAAGCCUGUCUCUUAAUUCUGUAUCUCAUUUCUGGCCUUUUUCCAUCCUUUUAAAAAAAAAAAAAAAAGCAGUUAAAGAUUUCUUAUUUUCUGAUCCUCUCCAAGUUUCAUAUACUGAGACGAAUCUUAACUUCACAGCUUGUGUCAUACCUCACCAAUUAUUCCUUGAAAAUGACCUUGUCCUCUCCCUUGCUUCACUGUGAGGCCUGGCACCAUGAAAGAAAGAAAUUACUUUGGUCACGAAGUUACUGGAUGUAACACUAUGCUUGAAGUUGAUAGACCUUUUUGCGGUUAUGCUGCAUUUUAACUUUAGCCAGGUACUGUUUCACGUCAGCUGGUGCUUCCCUCUUCUAUGUAUAUAUCUUCUGCUGCACUGAUUUAAGGUUUUUAUAGAUACAGUCAAGAGGUAAAUGAAGGCUCAUUGCAGGUCUGAGCUUUUUUUUAACCUACCUCUCAUGGUUUUAAAAACCCUAUUUGACUCAGGCCUUAGUUGCCAUGUGUUCCUUCCCCUGAAAUGUUAUCCUCCUGUGCCUUAAUGCUUCACUGCCCAAUGCUACAGUACUGUGAACUGUUAGCCCAUGCUGCAUCAGUGUGGUUUAACUGCCACCUCCAGCCCGUGGCCCACCUUCAUUGCCUGUUUUCCUCGUUAUUUCCAUGAAUGUGGCCUUCAGUAAAGCACACCUCACUUGAACACUAGAAGCAGGCAGCAAUGCAGUAAGGGCAAACUGUCUUAAAGCCCUCAUUUAAGCCUUGCAACUGCAUCCUAGUCCACAAGGGGAGCAUAUGCUUUUCUUAUUAAAACUGCAA